AUGCGCGAGCAGGGUUUCUACCAUCAGGCGGACUCGCCGGGCAAGGCGCCUCACUUUGAAGGCGUCUGGAAGGAGAUUGAGAAGCAGAAGGCGAUCAUGAUCAACGAUCGAUCAGCGGCUCGUCGCCCAGCCCGUCCCGGCACCACCUCCCAGCUCGACCCGAUGGUGUGGCGCGUGUGUGCUGGUAACGAGAUGGCACGCACUGAUCCGGGUAGCCCCAAACACGCUGCCACAACCUCGGCAAGUCCAGGGCCCGACACGUCUCGGAAAGCGGAAGGGGAGGACGAGAAGGAGAGCGCCUCGGAAGCCACUUCCGGACGGUCUUUGCAGAGUGACUAUGAGGAAACCGACUCGCCGCUCCACUCCGAGCGCGCUUCGAUGCUGCGUGAGCGUCAACGUGCCCGACAGCGUCUCCCCUCCCAAUACUCAUCUACCGCUUCGGCAUCAAUUUCGGCGAGUGCCGCCACGUCCCCCUCGACCCCGCCGAGCAGCACCGGCUCCGUGUCGCUGACUGAGGAAGUGAGCAACCCGGUCAGCUACCCGGUCAGCAACUCGGUCAGCAAGUGCUCAUCUUCGGGUAACAUCUACGAGCAGGGAGCUGCACCUUCGCAGCAGCAGGAGGACCCGAUGGACCGCUACAAGCUGUGCAACUGCGAGCGUCUGGAGACGACCGGUGUCGGCGCCUACGUCAGUCGAUCCAUCGAAGAAUACUCGGGCAUCAGGGCCCCGCUGGAGAUGUACAUGCGUCAACGGCCCGUCACCUCGCCCACCAUCUCGGAGAUCAUCUCCAGGACCACGGCAUCAUCUGCCUCCCAGCAGAGCCUUGUUGCCACCCCCUCCACCCCGAAGCAGCAGCAGCAGCAAGUUCAGCCACAGAACACGACCACAUCAUCAGCUUCGGGCACGAAGAAUGCUGUGAAUACGACCGGCCCGGUGAUGAAGAUCGCCAGUCUGACCAAUUUGGCCAAGGGUUCCGAUGCCACUCGGUCGCCCGUCUCGCCGCAGACGCCCCUAGAAGCACUUCCUGCCGAUAAAUGCGCUUCCGCUCUGCCGCCCUCCGCCACCACCAGCACUCCGUCGAUGACCUGGCUGCAAGUGGAGCUGCGUUGUUGGCUGGGACUAUUGCUGUUCGUGUUCAUCGUCUACCUCUACCACAUGUGGCUGCCCGAGACCCGUGUCUGCCCCUCCAUCAACACC